CUCGACGGAUGUCGCAAAACUGUCCAGUUUAAGAGUUAACCAGACACAUUUAUACAUAAAACGUUUAGCUGUAGUGCUAUCAGUCUUUUUAACCAAUAACAAACCGACUCAUCUUUUUAACCCAGCUGUUGGCUGUUAAUUCAUUCUCCGUUGCCUUGGACACCACUAACCAAAGACCAUGAGACCCGGGUCCAGCUCCAGGACCUCAAGGAGCAGCUCUCACACCGGCCGCUACCACAGGCUGGCCCCCACCUCUCAGGUGGACGAAACCCUGUUUGGGAGCCCAAAAGCGUUAGACAAACGUGGAAAUUCAGCCUCCAAAACCAAGAAUCAGUCGCAGAAGAACCAGGGCGAAGAGACUGUUCAAAUCAUCACCAAAGACCUCAUUCGCAAUCUCAGGAUCCCAAUCCAGGAUCCUUCAGGAGAGUCCAUCAUUCUACCAUCGGCUGAGUUUGAGCGGAUCGCCUCAGUGUCCCAGGUUCUCACCAAGGAGGAGAAGGAGGCCCUGAAGGAGGCGUAUCAGAGGAAGAAAGAGGAGGAAAUUAAAGCUAGAGAGGACAGGAAGCUUCAGAUCUUUGAGGCAGACCUGUCCCGUAAGGAGAACCAGGCUCUGACCGAGCUGGAGCUAGAGGCCCGGAACCGUGCGCAACACUUGGUGGAGCGGGCCAGCGCAUUAAGGAUGGAGCAGGAGGAGGAGAUAAAACAGCUCAACAAGCUGAUUCUGGGUGCUCAGUGUCAAGCCACACGAGAUGCCCAGAUCCAGGAGAAGAAACAGAUCCAUGUAGAGUUGUCAGAGGAGGAGAAGCGUCUGGACGCCAUGAUGGAGGUGGAGCGACGCAAGGCCUUGGAGACUGUGGAGAAGAUUGAUGAGCUGCGCAAACACCAGAGGAUCAGUGGGAUGCAGCUCAUUUACGACCAGAUCCAGAGACGUCUGGAAAACGAGAGACUGCAGGAUGAGAUGAAAGAGUAUGAGAGACAGCAGAUACGAGAGAACCAGGAGAAAAUGAACCUGGAAGACCUCAAGGCCCUGGAGAAGAAGAAGGAAGAGCAAAAGCGUCUGCAUGAGGAGGUCAUGCGUAUCAAUGCAGAGACCGUGCGGGCCAAGGAGCGGAGGAGAGAGGAGGAGAAGCUGGCUGACAUGAGAGAUAUGGAAUACAUCCGAAAGAAACUGGAGCGGGAGGCAGAAUAUGAAGCAGAGCAGAGACAAAUCAAGAAGGAGAAGGAGCUGGAGAUUGCCAGGCUGAGGGCUAGGCAGGAAAAAGCAAAAGACUACAAGGCAGAGCAGGAUGAGCUCCGUGCUCAGAGGAAUCAAGAGAGUAUAAAUAGAGAAUGGAGGAGAAAGGAAAAAGAGCUGGCCUCAAAGAAAGGGCAGGAGGAAGCGAUGCUGAGGGCGGCUCGCUUGGAGCAGGUUCAGUGCAAAGAGCACUUCCUGUCGAUCGAGGCUGGCCGGGAGAAGGCAGAGUUUGAAAGAGUGCUGAAGGCGCAACAGGAAGCCAUCAUCAAACAUAAGGAGGAGGAAGAGCAACGGCGUCAGAAAGCGCUCCGCCAUGCAGACGCCAUCCGACGUCAGGUGAAGGACUGUGAGCUCUCAGCCAUUACUAAUCGCAGACAGACCUUUGAGGAGGCUGAUCGGUUGAUCGAGGAAGCCCGGCAGAGGCGUAUGCGCCUCGAUGAGAUCAAACAGAAGAAGCUGAAAGAGCUCAAGGCCACGGGACUCCCUGAAAAAUACUGCGGUGAAGUGGAAAGGAAGGCCCGGGCCUACUUACUCUGAUUCACUCACGACUGGAUCCCAAACGGCGCGAAUCCACAAUUUACUCCUUUAAGGAAAAACACGUUUCUAGUAUUAAUGUAACUUGAUAUAAACGCGUACCAAUAAAGGUUUUUAUUGCACUUUCA